AUGCUCCGGGCCACUGCGCUCGGCGCCCUGGGGCCCCUGCUGCUGCCGCCCCUGCUGCUGCCGCCCCUGCUGCUGCUGCUGCCGCCGCUGUCCCGCGGCGCGCGGGGGCUUGGGGAGCGCUCGGACGACGCCCCGGACCCCUGGGCGCUGGAGGGCGAGGAGGGCGCGGAGCCGCAGCUGGAGCGCUACCACGACCCAUGCAAAGCCGCUGUCUUCUGGGGAGACAUUGCUUUAGAUGAAGACGACCUGAAGUUAUUUCACAUCGACAAGGCCAGAGAUUGGGCCAAGCAGCCAAUGGAGAAAACGUAUCACAACACAGGUGGGAUUGAGGACCAGCCAUAUGAGAGCUGGCCAAACACUACAGCCACAAACACCAGCUUUGAGGGAGCUAGAAAAGAUGGCAAGGAGAAUACCAAGCUUCCACAGAGCCCUGGGACCUCGAAUGCUGGAGCAGAGACAUCUCACCGGGUACGGAGAGCAACAACCUCAAGGACAGAGAGGAUCUGGCCAGGAGGGGUCAUCCCCUAUGUCAUCGGAGGCAAUUUCACUGGAAGCCAGAGAGCCAUAUUUAAGCAGGCCAUGAGGCACUGGGAGAAACACACCUGUGUGACGUUCAUUGAGAGAACAGACGAGGAAAGCUUCAUUGUGUUCAGUUACAGGACCUGUGGUUGCUGUUCAUAUGUUGGACGCCGAGGAGGAGGUCCACAGGCCAUCUCCAUCGGGAAAAACUGUGAUAAGUUUGGGAUUGUGGCUCACGAGCUGGGUCAUGUGGUUGGAUUCUGGCAUGAGCACACGAGACCAGACAGAGACCAGCAUGUUACCAUCAUCAGAGAAAACAUCCAGCCAGGUCAGGAGUAUAAUUUCUUAAAAAUGGAAGCUGGGGAAGUGAGUUCUCUGGGAGAGACGUACGACUUUGACAGCAUCAUGCACUACGCCCGGAACACCUUCUCAAGAGGGGUUUUCUUAGACACCAUCCUUCCCCGCCGGGACGACAAUGGCAUCCGGCCAACCAUCGGCCAGCGUGUGCGGCUCAGCCAGGGAGACAUAGCGCAAGCCAGGAAGCUGUACAAAUGCCCAGCAUGUGGAGAGACUCUGCAGGACACAACAGGGAACUUUUCCGCACCAGGGUUCCCAAAUGGCUACCCUUCGUACUCCCACUGUGUCUGGAGGAUAUCGGUCACUCCAGGGGAAAAGAUCAUCCUGAACUUCACAUCCAUGGAUUUGUUUAAAAGCCGCCUGUGCUGGUACGAUUACGUGGAGGUCCGGGAUGGCUAUUGGAGAAAAGCCCCCCUUUUGGGCAGGUUUUGUGGUGAUAAAAUCCCAGAGCCUCUCGUCUCCACGGACAGUCGCCUCUGGGUGGAGUUCCGCAGCAGCAGCAACAUCCUGGGCAAAGGUUUCUUCGCUGUCUACGAAGCCACGUGUGGGGGAGACAUUAACAAAGAUGCUGGUCAGAUUCAAUCUCCCAACUACCCAGAUGACUACAGACCCUCCAAGGAAUGUGUCUGGCGAAUCACGGUCUCAGAGGGAUUCCACGUGGGACUUACCUUCCAAGCUUUUGAGAUUGAAAGACAUGACAGCUGUGCUUAUGACUAUCUGGAAAUCCGUGAUGGUCCCACAGAAGAGAGCGCUCUGAUUGGCCACUUCUGUGGCUAUGAGAAACCAGAGGAUGUGAAAUCGAGCUCCAACAGAAUGUGGAUGAAGUUUGUGUCUGAUGGCUCUAUUAAUAAAGCAGGCUUUGCUGCCAAUUUUUUCAAGGAAGUGGAUGAGUGCUCGUGGCCUGACCACGGCGGGUGCGAGCAGCGCUGUGUGAACACGCUGGGCAGCUACAAGUGUGCGUGUGACCCUGGCUACGAGUUGGCUGCGGAUAAGAAGGCCUGUGAAGUGGCCUGUGGUGGUUUCAUUACCAAGUUGAACGGCACCAUCACCAGCCCUGGGUGGCCAAAAGAAUACCCCACAAACAAAAACUGUGUCUGGCAGGUGGUGGCCCCCAUGCAGUACCGGAUCUCCCUUCAGUUUGAAGUGUUUGAGCUGGAAGGCAAUGAUGUCUGUAAGUAUGACUUUGUGGAGGUGCGCAGUGGCCUGUCCCCUGAUGCCAGGCUGCAUGGCAAAUUCUGCGGCUCCGAGACACCCGAGGUCAUCACCUCGCAGAGCAACAACAUGCGGGUAGAGUUCAAGUCGGACAACACGGUCUCCAAGCGUGGUUUCAGGGCCCACUUCUUCUCAGACAAGGACGAGUGCGCCAAGGACAACGGCGGGUGCCAGCACGAGUGUGUCAACACGUUCGGGAGCUACCUGUGCCGGUGCAGGAACGGGUACCGGCUCCACGACAACGGGCUCGACUGCAAAGAGGCUGGCUGUGAGCACAAGAUCAGCAGUGCUGAGGGAACUCUAGCGAGUCCCAACUGGCCGGACAAAUACCCCAGCCGGAGGGAGUGUACCUGGAAUAUCUCUUCAACUGCAGGCCACAGGGUGAAACUUACGUUUAAUGAGUUUGAGAUCGAACAGCACCAGGAAUGUGCCUACGAUCACCUGGAGAUAUACGAUGGCCCCGACAGCCUGGCCCCCAUCCUCGGCCGUUUCUGUGGCAGUAAGAAGCCAGCCCCCGUGGUGGCUUCCAGCAGCAGCCUGUUCCUCAAGUUUUAUUCUGAUGCCUCGGUACAAAGGAGGGGCUUCCAGGCGAUGCACAGCACAGAGUGUGGGGGCAGGCUGAAGGCCGAGGUGCAGACCAAAGAGCUCUUCUCCCACGCCCAGUUUGGGGACAACAACUACCCGAGCCAGGCCCGCUGUGACUGGGUAAUUGUGGCGGAGGACGGCUAUGGCGUGGAGUUGAUUUUCCGGACCUUUGAAGUGGAGGAGGAGGCAGACUGUGGCUACGACUACAUGGAAGCCUACGACGGCUACGACAGCAUGGCGCCCAGGCUCGGCCGCUUCUGUGGCUCCUGGCCACUGGAAGAAAUCUACUCUGCAGGGGAUUCCCUGAUGAUUCGUUUCCACACAGACGACACCAUCAACAAGAAAGGCUUUCAUGCCCAGUACACCAGCACCAAGUUCCAGGAUGCCCUGCACAUGAAAAAAUAAUGGUGGUCAUCUCAGAGGACACAGGACUGAGAAUGUUUUU